AUGGAAUUUGUCGAUGGGACGAUCAAGAAACCUGAGAAAACUGAGAAAAACUACAUGCUGUGGAUGCGUGUUGAUGCUAUGAUAAAGGGAUGGUUGACAACAGCCAUGGAGAAAAAUAUACGCAACAGUGUCAAGUAUGCAGGAACAGCAUCAGAGAUUUGGGCAGACCUGAAUGAACGUUUCGGUAAAGAGAGCGCUCCUCGGGCGUAUGAAUUGAAACAGAAAAUUGCUUCUACUCGACAAAACGGCGCUUCCGUGUCAACAUAUUUCACCCAACUACGGUCCAUAUGGGAUGAAGCUCAAUCCAUACAUCCUUUUCCACGUUGUUCUUGUGACAAGUGUGAAUGUGAUGUGGGCAAGAAGAUCAAUGAACAUCAAGAGAAGGAACGUCUUUAUGAAUUUUUAAUGGGGUUAGAUUCAGAAUUCACUGUUAUUAAGACUCAAAUUCUGGCAACCAAACCAGUUCCCUCACUAGGCACUGCGUAUCACUUAGUGGCGGAAGACGAGAGGCAGAGAAGUAUUUCGAGUGAAGGAAGGAUACAACCAGAGCCCGCUGCAUUCAAAGUUGCUUCGAGAUAA